AUGAAGAGACACAAAACAGACUCCGGUGACCCCAAGUGCCAGGCACCUCCCAAGAAGUCCAAGUUACCAUCGUCGCCACACGGCAGCCCUCGGUUCACCACCUGGACGGCGGCGGGACGAGGUGCCACAAGCUCUGAGGACCCUACCGACGCCGACGGGGAAGAGUCCGAUGACGUAGAUGAAGAUGAACCCAUGGGAGACGCGGAGGAAGCCCAACCAGCACCGACACCGACAGUGUCACCGCCAAUGUCCCCGCGAUUGGCGGCUUACGUGAACAACCCGUACUUCAAACGCGGGACUCCCUCAACACCAACCCCGGGCGUGGCCACGUGGGGUGAAACCUUCAGACGCACGACUACCUCAACAUCAGCCUCGGCCCCGGCCUCGUUGUACCCAGCCGUGGCCUCGAUGGAUGAAGGCUCAGUCUCAGCCUCGUUCUAUGGCUUCAAGGAUCCCCUCUGUCUUGUCCCCGGCCGCGAUGUCAUACUAUACGGCUUCAAGGAUACCCUCUGCCUUGUCCCCGACCCCGAUGUCAGGUUCUACGGCACCUACAAGUUCGGCCCAUUGGACUCCACGCCCCAUUGGACCAACAUCUUCCGGGCACACUUCAACCUCGGUGAGGCCUCCGUCCCCGCCGAUGAGUCCGGAAAUCCCGGAGACAAUUUACGAAUACUCGGAGGCAUCGGACAAAGACAUGGAGUCAUCGGACGAAGACCCGGAGGCAUCUGA